UCAACCCUCACCUCCCCACCCUCCAUCCAAAUCCCCUUCACCGUCCCCCUCGGCUUCGCCGCCCAACUCCGCGUCCUCCACCAAAUCCAACUUGACCACUCCCUCCGCAUCCUCGCCCUAGAAUCCGAAAACUCCUCCCUCAAAACCCUCACCACAGACCUCACCUCACGCAUCGAAGCCCUAGAAGCCCACAACGCACACCUCGCUGCCCGCCGCCGCGAACUCGUCUCGCAGCUCAACAACCUGCGCACGCUGAAUCAGGAGGCGGACAACGCGUUUCAGAUGCGUAGCGCGGAUAUUCAAGGGGGGGACCUGGAGGGCAUGUUGGCGGUGCAUAGUGCCAUGGUGGCGACGGCGGUGAAUCAUCACCAGAGGGCGCUGGCGCAGUUGAGGGCGGGUAUGCAGGGUGGCGUGGCGGUGUAUGGGCAGCAGGGUCAGGGUGGGGUGAGGUAUGCGUAUCCGCCUGGAUAUUCGGAGCUAGGGUAUUGUUUUCAGCAUAAUAUGCCGUAUUGCUGUCAGGUUUGUGGCAAGUGA